AUGGAUGCCGGCCCGGGGCUAUUGCUCAUGCUUGGUAGCCAGAUAAACACAGUGUUGCAGCGGCCUGAAAUCCUGGAGAAAGGCUGCUCACUGGACAAGGUGGCAACAGCAUUGAUUCUUCAGGGUUUCUUAGCGUAUGGCUGGACGUACAAGGAACUUUCCGAACGCCCGUCUAGAGUGGUGAACCGACUGCGCUCGUACAUCGAUGUUGCAGAACUAGCAUCACGGCAUGAUAUAGAUCUAUCGCUCUUGGUCAACCCCUCGGUUGCACCUUACUCGCGCCGGUCAGCUAUGACGGAAUAA